AUGCCGGUCUUUGCCGACUGCCAUAUUGGGUGUGCAGCGCUCGGUCCAGCCAAGCAGGAGUGCUCCGUUUGCGCUCGACGUCGUGCACAUCGGUGAGUUCGCCUAUCCACAGCGAGGGUUUCUACCAAUAAUACAUGUAGAUGUACACCGUUUGCCGGUACGUCUGCCAGUCCUGUCUGCGGACGGCGGCACCCCUCGCGAGACGAUCACACUCUACGUUGGUCUCGCCAAAAUCGCUCACGUUCUCCUCGUUCUUCUUCCACAAUGGAUACUGGAAUACCCCUUCAAAGGCACCUACACCGUUACCUGUACCCUCUAACAGGAGACGUAUUGCCCAAGCAUUACCGGUCGGAAGUGCUUCGAUCGCAAACUAUAAACCAACUGAAUCACUCACUCCCCGCCGUCUCCUGAAGGUGUACGCUCAGCUCUCUAAAUCUCGACUAACCACUCUCGUCGUGCUCACUGCCAUGUCCGGCGUCGCGCUCUCACCCCUCCCUGCAACCGUUCCUGUCCUACUUGCAACAGCACUCGGUACUACGCUGUGUUCCGCCUCCGCGAAUACGCUGAACCAAAUUCAAGAAGUGCCUCUCGAUGCUCAGAUGACGCGGACAAGAAACAGGCCACUGGUGAGGAGGGCGAUUAGUCCCGUACACGCAGCUGGGUUCGCGUUGGUGACGGGUGUAGCUGGACCUGCUAUCCUGUGGACCAUGGUGAACCCUGUCACUGCCAUCUUAGGAGUAGCCAAUAUUGCAUUGUAUGCCGGGGCAUAUACCUACCUCAAACGCACGUCUAUCGUGAAUACUUGGGUAGGAGCUGUUGUUGGUGCCAUUCCACCUUUAAUGGGUUGGACAGCUUGUGGUGGCCACCUACUUCCGUCGUCAUCCUAUCCGAUUCAUACGUUCCUUCCCUCAUUCCUGAGCGAUGUGCCAAUAGACCUCGCAUGGAUAGAUAACCCACUUGCGGCCUUUGCUCUAUUCAUGCUACUCUACAGCUGGCAGUUUCCUCAUUUCAACGCGCUCUCGCAUCUCCUCCGAGGGUCUUAUGCUCAAGCAGGGUACCAUAUGCUCUCUACGCUCUCUCCUUCAAAAAAUGCGCUCGUCUCCCUUCGCCAUUCUCUCUUGCUGAUACCGAUUUGUUCGGUAUUGGUACCCCUGAGUGGAUUGACCACAUGGGCGUUUGCGUUGACGAGCUUGGUGCCGAAUGUCGUUUGUACGCAGGCGGCGUGGACGUUUUGGAGGAGCACGGGGGAAAAGGAAGCGAGAAAGUUGUUUUACCAUUGUUUGUGGUAUCUGCCGGUGAUACUGGGGCUGAUGAUGUUCCAUAAGCAGGGCGUGGACUGGCUGUCGUGGGUAGGGUGGAAGCAGGACGAGGAAAGGGAGAGUGCUUGAGACAUAUUGUACAAGAUAGUAUUGGAUCUACGUACCCGAAAGUAAUAUACAGCGAAGAAUAUAGGCUAGGAAGUUCUUUUGGCCUUGGCUGCUUCGCGCCUCUUCUUGAUCAUGUCUAGCCUGGUCUUGAGCAUCGUCACCUUUGCAUCAGCCUCCUCCUGCAACCUCUCCUCUUCCAACAAGCGAUCCAUGA